UUUUUUCUUUUAAUCCCAAUAAUCUGAAGAGAUUUUGAGGUUUUUUUUUUCCUUGGAAAGGCUGAAGCGAUAGAUUGAAGAAUGAAGAACAGGGAAAUGAAAAAGAGACCUUCAGCUCAAAAGGGUCGGACUUUUAACAGUAAAAACAAAAGGAUUUCAAUCAAUCAAGACCCAUUUUUUGAUGCAGAGGAGAAAGGGUCGAAGCAGCGGCGGAAAAUGGAAGAAGACGAUGAUGAAGAUAUAGAGAGCAGCAGCGGCGAGGAUGAGGAGGAUGAUGGUGAUGAAGGAGGAGGAUUUGGGUCUGGAAGGAAAGGGGGAGAAGGAGAAGAAGAUGAAGAAGAAGAAGAGGAGACGGCGGGGGAGAUGAAGUUGAGACUGUCCAAGGAUUUGUUGAAGCUUAUGACUGAAGCAGAAAAAGAAGAGCAGGAAGAAGAAGAAGAAGGGAGUGGGGAUGAUGAGAAAAGAAGAGUUGAGAGAGAAGGCCAAAGGGAUUCGCGGGUCCUGAAGAUUUUGCAGCAGCAGCAGUUGGAGGAGAGUGGCCGUCUCCGAAGAGCCAUUGCUUCAAGGGUGCAAAAACCAGAAACAAGUGAUGGAUUUCGAGUCUUGGUAAAGCACCGGCAGUCUGUUACUGCUGUUGCUUUGUCUGAGGAUGACUUGAGGGGAUUCUCAGCUUCCAAGGAUGGUAGUAUUCUGCACUGGGAUGUAGAUAGUGGAAAGACUGAAAAGUACACUUGGCCAACUGAUGAAGUACUCAAGGCUCAUGGUGCAAAGGACCCACAAGGUCAGGCAACAAAGCAUAGCAAACAUGUUUUGGCAUUAGCUGUCAGUUCUGAUGGUCGAUACUUGGCAAGUGGAGGAUUGGAUCGUCAUGUUCAUUUGUGGGACAUUCGAACUCGGCAGCAUCUUCAGGCCUUUCCCGGCCACAAAGGGCCAGUAUCAUGCUUGACAUUCAGGAAAGGAACUUCAGAACUAUUUUCUGGUUCAUUUGAUCGGGCUGUCAAAAUCUGGAAUGUGGAAGAUAGAGCUUAUAUAAGCACAUUAUUUGGUCACCAGAGUGAAGUUGUAACAAUUGACUGCCUAAGAGUUGAACGAGUCCUGACGGUUGGGCGUGAUCGUACCAUGCAUCUUUGGAAGGUUCCUGAGGAAAGACAGUUGAUAUUUCGAGCUCCUGCCUCAUCCCUAGAGUGCUGUUGUUUUAUAAGCAAUCAAGAAUUCUUGUCAGGCUCUGAUGAUGGUAGUAUUGAACAUUGGAACGUAUUAAGAAAGAAGCCUGUCCAUAUUGUAAAAAAUGCUCAUGCCUUGGUUUCAUCGAGCCAGUUUGAACAGGAAAAUGGUGGACUACCAAAUGGCCACAUAGAAAAUGGUGAUCAAAGCCCACAGAAUCUUUCUCCUCUAGCACGUUCUUGGAUAAGUUCGAUAUGUGUAUGUAGAAGCAGUGAUCUAGCUGCAUCAGGAGCUGGAAAUGGUUCAGUUCAUCUUUGGGCGAUUCAAAGUGAAUCCAAAGGAAUCAGUCCUUUGUUUCAGCUCCCUCUAGUUGGAUUUGUAAAUUCUCUAGCUUUUGCCAAAUCUGGGCGCUUCCUGGUUGCUGGUGUUGGACAGGAGCCCCGCUUGGGAAGAUGGGAUCGUAUUCCUGUAGCUCGGAAUGGUGUGGCUGUGCAUUCUUUGAAACUCUCAUGAGAAAAGCAAGGCACGUUAUAUUAUUCUUAAUUUUGACUAACAUAGAGGAAGAAUACGAUGUGUGGACAUGUCCAUGUUUUAACAUUCAUGAUAUGAAUGAGCAUUUUUGUAGCAGCAAUCAAUUUUGACUUUUAUUUCCCAAAAAAAUGAAAGGAAAUUUGUUUCUUCUUCAUGAUUCUUCUUGUCGAGGAAAAAGGAAAUUUGCAGCAACAUCAUUGCUGAUCCUAAAUUGGUGUGACACCCGAGAUGAAUGAUCGGCUAAAGUUGGAUAUGGCCAUGAUGCAUAGCAAGAAUGAGUUUGUAUAACUACUGACUUUGACGAAGCAUUCCUCACUAUUAUGUUUGAAAUAUAUCUGCCAUUUUCCUUGAUCAA